AUUCCUCUUUUCGCCCCGAAACUCGGGCUUGCCCUUCCCACAAAUACAACGCACUCUCUCUCUCUCUGCUCUGCCGCGAUUUUUCUUGAGCUCUGCGAGAGCUUUAAUGGCAGAUUCUUGAAAGGCUAAGCAACCAUUCUGAGACGAAAAGGGUUCCAUGGCAUUGCCCUUGGAUUGCUUCUCGGGCCUUCUCUGCGCCGAAGAUUGCAAACUCAUCGUCGACGACGACGAAGCCGAUGAAGUCGGGAGCGGGUCUCGCCAGAACCAGAAAGAACGGAUGUUUUUCUUCGAUGAUUCGGGCUUCGAUGACACGAGAGUUUCGUCGUUUCUUGAGAAAGAAGGAGAAAUGAUGCCGAGGGAGGAUUACUUGACGAGGCUUCAUUCCGGAGACCUCGACGUUUCUGCUCGCAAUGACUCGGUUGACUGGAUUUACAAGGUUCAUCGCCAUUUCAACUUCGAACCAUUGACUGUUUGUUUAUCUGUGAAUUAUCUGGAUCGAUUCUUAUCGCAGUACGAACUUCAACGUGGAAAGCCAUGGAUGCUCCAGUUGCUGUCUGUAGCUUGCGUGUCUUUGGCAGCAAAAAUGGAGGAAACCGACAUCCCAUCACCCAUAGAUUUACAGCUGCAGGUGACUGAAAAGAAGCCGGUAUUCGAAGCUCGAACGGUUCAGAGGAUGGAGCUUUUGGUACUCUCAAUAUUAAAAUGGAGAACAAACGCAGUCACACCUCUUUCUUUCAUCGAAUAUUUCUUUUACAAACUCAAAGACCUGGAACACACAAUCCCUAAAUCUCUGAUUUAUCGUUCUGUGGAGCUGAUUUUAAUCACCGCAAAAGGCGUAGAAUUCCUCGAAUUCCGGCCAUCAGAGAUAGCAUUAGCUGUUGCAAUCUCCGUUGUUGGAGAAACCCAGACCAUUAACUUCGACUGCGCCUUCGACACUUGUUCUUCUUCGUUCCAUCUAAACCAGGAGAGAGUGUCCAAGUGUUAUGAGCUGGUUCAAGAGAUUAUGUGUUCGACGGGUCAAGGCAAGAGUCCGCCGAUGAGCCCAGCCGGGGUGCUUGACGCUGCUGCGUUCUUGAGCUACGAGAGCAGUCUCAGAACUAGCAGUAUCUCACUCUCAUCUUCUUCCUCUCCUUCUGUCAUCGUUAAUGCCGGCGAGUCUUGUCCGGCAACAAAGAGAAGGAAACUGAACCUGUGAAAUGUGGUGAAAAUCGAAACAUGAGACAAAAAGAUGGCGAGUGCUUCUUACGGAGUGGACUUUCGGAGAGGCUGAAACAAUAAGAAAUGGGAAAAAGUAAGAGAGAAGCCAUGAAAAGGAGAGAGAGCUCAUGCAGAUUUCCAACUUUCAAUCAAGAAAAAGAAACGAAAAGGAGAAAAAGUUAUUCGCAGAGGGAGUGAAAUGGGAGAAUCGAAUAGUUGGAUGGAGACUUCGGACUCUGGUGGAUUUGGUUGGUUUCUUCGUUGGUCUCCAUUUGAUUUCUUUUGAUUAAAAAUAUUAAUUUACAUAAAUUAUUAACUAAUUAUUAUUUACAGACAUACUUAUGUGUACAUGUAUACAUGGCUAUGUAUAUGUGUGCUCUGUAUCUGCCGUUGAUCUAAUUUCUUGCUUUUGGUGGGUCCCGGAACCGGAACGAGACGAAUAUCAUGGUAUUUUUCUUGAUGUUGUACCUUUUAUUGUACCGGAACGUAGCAGGGGAUCAUUUUGGGCGGUUUAUAUUGACUUUGAUCAAGGGUGAUUUCGCCAUUAAUGAAUUUGACCUUGGUCUUUUUUGGAA